AUGGGAAUGUUCUCUCUUCAGUCACUCCUCCUGGUGAUGACUAUACUGGUUCUCACAGCAACCUAUGAAGCAGCAAAACCUACACCGUGGCCUAAAUACCAGUAUACUAAGAAGCCCCCUCGUGAGGUGGUCCAGACCACUACGCGGAAAGGCCAGCACACGACCACGGUAAAGGUUGUGAGCUAUACCAAGGCAGUGAACCCCUUAUCUUUGGACGUCACAGAGAGCACCACUGUUCCAAAUGACAGUUUCUUAGACUACCGUAUGGAUGGCACACCGCCCUCUAAUGGAGUGCUGGAUAACUAUACACUGGAUUAUAAUGAAUGCUACUUUAACUUCUGUGAGUGCUGCCCCCCCGAGAGAGGUCCACAAGGGCUGAAGGGAGAACGAGGACUGCCAGGACCCCCUGGGGCUAAGGGAGAGCAGGGAUUCAGAGGACCUCCUGGACCUCCAGGACUGAGUGGAAUCAUGGGCUUUAAAGGGGACAGAGGGGAGAAAGGUGAAAAAGGAGGCAGUGGGUCGGCAGGAUCUUCAGGCAUUCCAGGGAAACCUGGUGGGAAAGGUGAAAUAGGCUCCAAAGGUGAAAAGGGUGAAGUUGGUUUUCCAGGAUUCAAGGGUGAUAAAGGUGAAAAGGGAGAGCUUGGUGAGAAUGGCACAAAAGGCGAAAGAGGAGAUCCAGGGAAAGAGGGACCACUAGGACCCCCGGGCAUAGCUGGAGAGAAAGGUGACAAAGGGGAUAAGGGAGAGUGCGGAUUUUUUGGAGAAAGAGGACCGAAAGGUGAGCCAGGAGAUCCAGGGCCACCAGGCACACGGGGAGACUCAGGCCCCCCUGGGCUACAUGGCUUGCAUGGAACCCCAGGCCUGCCUGGUGAACGAGGUGACCCUGGAAUCCCUGGAGCCCAAGGUGAAACGGGGCCACAAGGCCCUCCUGGACCUAAGGGCAUGAGGGGUAUGAGAGGACCCAAGGGUGACAGGGGCACGCCGGGGAAGCGUGGGGACCGAGGCCCUCGUGGGAUGAAAGGAGCGGUGGGUCCGUGUGAGGCUCGUCUGCGUUCAGCAUUCAGCGUGGGCUUAUUCCCCAGCAAGUCCUUCCCUUCAUCUGGGUCCCCAGUGCGCUUUGACAAGGUCUUCUACAAUGGAGAGAACCACUAUGACCUAGCUGCCAGCAAGUUUAACUGCACCUACCCAGGGGUCUAUGUGUUUUCCUACCAGAUCACGGUGAGGAACCGGCCCUUGCGUGCCGCCCUUGUGGUGAACGGGGUACGUCGCCUUCGCUCGAGGGACACGCUGUAUGGCCAGGAUAUCGACCAAGCCUCCAAUUUAGUGCUCCUGAGGCUGGCAGCUGGAGACCAGGUUUGGGUGGAGACACUAAGGGACUGGAAUGGUGUCUACUCCAGCAGCGAGGAUGACAGUACCUUCUCUGGGUUUCUGCUCUAUGCUGACUGA